AUGCCUCUCGAGCACGCCCCGACGUCGCAGAACACGCCCGCGUCCGUCCCGCCGUCCGUCUUCACGCUGCCGCACACCGCCCAGCUCGAGGCGCUCUACACGAUCAUCCGCGACAAGACGACGAGCCGCGGCGACUUUCUGUUCUACUCGGACCGCAUCAUCCGCCUGCUGGUCGAAGAGGGCCUCAACCACCUCCCGGUCGUGCCCAAGACGGUCGAGACGCCGACGGGCGUGACGUACGAGGGCGUGGGGUUCGAGGGGCACAUAUGCGGGGUGUCUAUCCUGCGGGCGGGCGAGGCGAUGGAGGCGGGGCUGCGGGAGGUCUGCAGGAGCGUGCGGAUCGGGAAGAUUCUGAUCCAGAGGGAUGAGGAGACGGCGCAGCCGAAGCUGUUCUAUUCAAAGCUCCCGCAGGACAUUGCGCACCGGUAUGUCCUGCUCCUGGACCCGAUGCUCGCGACGGGCGGAUCGGCGAUCAAGGCGGUGGAAGUGCUCAUGGAGCACGGCGUACCGGAGGAUCGCAUCAUCUUCAUCAACCUGAUCUCGUCGCCCGAGGGCCUCAAGACAUUCAGCGCAAAGUACCCGGCACUGCGCGUGAUCACGGGGUGGAUUGAUCAAGGCCUGAACGAGAAGGCGUACAUUGUGCCCGGACUGGGCGACUUUGGCGAGCGAAGGUAUUGCGAGUAA